AUGACGCGAAUGCCUUUCUUCUAUUUUCAACCGCUACGUAGAAGUUUGCAUACUGAUGGGACCACACAGCAUUUCGAUGCUACUCCAAUUGAACUGUUCUUUGACUUGUUUUUCGUGGCGAAUCUCUCUACCUUUACUGCUACGCACGAAAUCCACAAUGUAGAAGCCUUAGGGGCAUACAUAGGCUUUCUUGGGGUGAUUUGGUUCACCUGGCUUCAGGUUACUCUAUUUGAUAUCAGAUUCGCCAGGGACUCGGUUUUCGAAAGAAUCUGCAAGGCUCUACAACUAGCAGCUAUGGUUGGUUUUGCUUCUGCAGGCACGCGGUUUACCACCCGUGUUAAUGAUGAAAAUGUUUGGGCCUUUCAAUCAUUGAGCCUCUUUCUAGGCGGAAGCCGAAUCUUACUGGCUCUGCAAUAUACAGUCAACAACGUGGUCUUCAUUCGUAAACGAAUGAAGCCUGCUGCCAAAGGGGUCUCCAUCAUCGCCGCGACGCUGUUUGUCUCAAGCCUAAUCUAUCUGGGGAUGUUUUAUAUCUUCGGGGUGCAGGACGGGAUCCGUUCCUAUAUAUGGACCGUUUGGUUUGCUUUGUUCGGGCUAGAGAUGUGGGUUAUAAUGGGAGUAUCCUGUGUGACACCCGGAAUCGGACUCCAAGAUACCCACUUGAACAUAAGAAUGGGUCUCCUUACGCUAAUCAUCAUUGGCGAAGGGGUCAUAUCAGUCACUAGGAUUGUGAAUAGGACCGUGCGGCCAGGGGGCUGGACUAAAUGGUCGUUUGUUCACAUUCUAGGUGUCACUACUAAUGUGCUAUGGGCCCAGCUCCAUUUUCCCUUUCAUGUGGCCCUAGUACUCCUUCUUGAAGGAUCACAGAUCCUUGCUUUGACCCUAGACAUUACCUUGAAGCUCACGUACCUCGAGGAAACUAUCAUGUUUGCUUGCGAGGAACCACGGCCCAGACCCGAAAUAGCCAUUGGUCUUCUUCGGAAUACCAUUGAGGACAUGGAGAUUAAUUACAGCCGCGGCGCAAUAAAAGAAAAGAUGGCCAUUGACGCAAUCUUGGAGGAUUUGCCCAAUCACCCCCUGUGCCCGGGAGAGAAGGUGAUUGCUUUCUUCGUCACGAAUGAUCACCUCAAUGACCUUGUGGGUAAUGUUACUGCUGCUCUGUUCUCCAGCAUGGGAAUUAUACCUUCGGAGGAGACAAACAUAGGGCAGUUAACUAGCUCGCAGUUGCUGAGGAUGUACAUGCAGCUACUCGGGUUUGUCUACAUCUAUUUUUUCGUCGUUGCAUCCCUGGUGAUGUUUCUUUUUGCCGCCUUUGCAGUAUUGGCUCGUCGCCACAACUUCUACACUAGUAUUGGAAUAACGACCCGUAUCAUCCUUGGGGUUCUCUUGGCGAGUUUAGUGUCUUUCGUCGGGAAAUUUGCGCUUGCGUACGAAUUCAUGACAUCCCCAACGAUACUAUACGCAUUCACAUUUGUUCUUUUGACAGGUGGGCCAUUCAUCUUGGACUAG